AUGUCCGGCAGUAAAUCCCUUCAAGAGCUUUCUCAUCCUUCAUAUUGGGACAAUAGAUACGCAGGAAAGUUUGACCCGGAGACAGAUGAGAUCAUUCACGAUGAGAAUGAAAGGGAAGAGAAUGUGGCCGCAAAGAAAGAAAUUGAGAGUUUUGAGUGGUUCAAAGAUUACCAGUCUUUAAAACCAUUUUUUGAAAAGCACUUGCCAAAUGCGGAAGGGAAGGGAGCAGAAGACAAGGGAGCAAGGGUGUUGCAUUUAGGGUGUGGAAAUAGUACAUUGACACACGAUCUUCAUACUAUCGGAUAUGAAAACCAGAUAUCAGUUGAUUUCUCUGAAGUAGUCAUUCAGAGAAUGAGUGAGAAAUAUUCACAUUUGACCACCACGUGGAUGGUAAUGGAUGUGAGAGACCUGAAGUUGGAAGAUGGAGAAAUGGAUGUUGCUAUUGACAAGGGAACUCUCGAUGCGAUGAUUCAUGGAUCGAUGUGGGAUCCUCCUCAAGAGGUUAGAGAAAAUGUUGGUCGCUAUGUCGAUGAGGUUGCUAGAGUGCUCAAAUCAGGAGGUCAAUGGUUAUACAUCACAUACCGCCAGCCACAUUUCAUGAAGCCAUUACUUUUGAGAGAAGGUAUUUGGGAAACAGAAAUGGAGGUACUUGGGGGAGAAAGUGGUGCUUUUGAGUACUUUGGGUGGAGGAUGAAGAAGCUCUAA